UCAUAUUCAUCCACUCACCUGCCAAAUUUUCUGUUCUCUCUGCAUCUCUCGCUCUCUCUCUCUCACACACACACACUGGAAACUUGUCUGCAGCUCAGUUUCUAGAAUCACUUUUGCAGUUCUAACAGAAUUAAUCCGCAGAUUUUCUAUGAAUUGCAAUGGGAGUUUCACGUACUUCAAAGAAAGCGUUCGGUUCAUGGCUUCUUCUCCUAUUAUUGUAAAACAAUUUCAUUUGAUCACAUUUCCUCUCAUUUUCACAUUCUGAGUUCAUAUCCCACCACCAUUUUCAGAUCUUGGCCUCUUCUUGUUUUUCCAAGAAAACCCGUAAAGCUUCAAUCUUUAUCCCGACAAAAAGACUCCAAGAAUCACUGCUUUGAUAAAGAAUGAGGCACAGACAUAAACUCAUGCUAAUCAUAGGGCUCACCUCAGUAACAGUCCUAACAAUUCUUUUAUUCACAGUUUUUUGUUGUAGAAGAAGAAAAGCUGAACAUGGUUCCAGAGAUGUAGAAUCAGCGUUUGAGUGUAAAGAAGGAGAUGGGCGUGUUAACACUGAGGAUUUAAUCAAGUUUCAUGGGGGUGAAGAUCUAACUGUAGAGGAAAUUCUGGAUGCCCCUGGUGAAGUUAUAGGAAAAUCUAGCUAUGGGACUCUGUACAGGGCUAGUUUAGUAAAUUCAGAUUCACUUGCAUUGUUGAGAUUCUUGAGGCCUACUUGUACCUUGAGGAUAAAAGAGGUGGUGCCCAUUCUUGAGUUGCUCGGCUCUGUAAGGCAUCCAAAUUUGGUGCCUUUGUAUGCAUUUUAUGCAGGGCCUAGAGGGGAGAAGCUCAUGGUUCAUCCAUUUUAUGGACCUGGAAAUUUAGCUCAGUUCAUCAAAGAUGGUAAAGCUGAGGCCCAUAAAUGGCCUGUCAUAUAUAGGAUCUCCAUACGUAUUGCUAGAGGAGUUCGGCAUCUUCAUACAGCUUUUGAGAAGCCCAUAAUACAUGGAAACCUCAAGUCGAAGAAUAUAUUUUUGGAUCACCAUCUCAAUCCAUAUAUCUCAGAUUUUGGCUUAAAUCUUCUAUUGAAUCCAACCGCAGGGCAGCAAAUGCUUGAGUCGUCUGCCUCUCAGGGCUAUAGAGCCCCUGAGUUGAUGAAAAUGAAAGAUGCUAGCAAAGAGAGUGAUAUAUACAGCCUGGGGGUAAUCUUUCUUGAAUUACUGACUGGAAAGUUAGCGAUUGAUGAGAAUUCCACUCCAGAUCAAGAUUUUUGUUUGCCAAGUGCCCUCAGAAAUGCUGUUCUGGAUGACACGAUGGUGGAUUUGUAUCAUCCAGAUAUUCUUCUUGGCUUAAGCAAUGAUCAGAGAAUAGUCACUGAAGAUCGUGUUUUCAGAUUUUUCCAGCUCGCAAUGGCUUGUUGUUCUCCCACACGUCUCCUUCGGCCUCACAUAAAUCAAAUCCUUGAAAAGCUUCAAGGAAUUGGAAAGUAAGAACGGUGAUUAUGACGAAAAUUAGUGGGCCCACUCAUAAAAGUUUUAUCCAAGUGUCAUUGUUUCUACCGCUGUUUACAUGAUCAGAAAGUGACUUGGACUGAUUUUAGCAUGCGGGCUGCGGGAAGGAACACUUGUUACAGCAAAUCAAGAUUGGAAGAUUUGUCUAACUGACAUCAAAGUUGAGUAUCAAUGGCAACUGUUCUUAAAGAACGGUUAAUCUUGUAUCAAGUCAUCUGUAGAAAAAGAUAUCGUGAUCUUUCUCUUAGCACCCUCUCUGUUGUGCUUAGAAAUGAUCGUUUUAUUUGACAAACGAGAGAAGAAUGAAACAAGGUCCAAAUUACAUGGAAAUGGGAUUCUUACCAGGAUCUUAAAGUAGUAAUUGUGCUGGUUUUAGAAUGAUUGCACGGAAAAAAAACAG